AGCCUAGCUGCUCGGGUAUCAGACCCGACAAGCCUCAAAUCCCUGUAACAUGAUGUCCGACAGCCGGCGUUGGCUACUACGGUGUUAGCGGCAUUUCGGGCGCUAGUGGUCGACUUUGGUCCUUUAUAAGGGUCCGCAUCUGUCCGUCAAAGCCCACAUGUUGUCAUCCUGCAGCCCGUUGUUGCAAUCCGAUUCAGGUCCCAGCGCUGAUCCGUCUAAUCUGGCCCGAUAUUUCCCAACAUCAUCCAGCUACCCAAGUGAUCCAAAAUGGCUCGUUUAAUCGACACGCUUCCGGAGCCGAAGAAGAAGCUCGACAAGAAAGUGAUUAUCCUUAGUAGAAGCCGGGUCGGCACCUUCUCGCUCUAUCAAGCCAUGCAGAAGCUCGGUUACAGACCGUACCACAUGUACGAGGUGGUCACCGGGGGCUUCACUCAGAUGAUGCUGUUCCGAGAGGCUCUGCGGGCCAAAUAUCUUGGCGAGGGCAAGCCGUACGGCAAGCCCGAGUUUGACAAGUGGCUGGCCAACUACGACUGUGUCAUCGAGAUCCCGCAGUUCUUCACGGAAGAGUUCAUCCGGUUCUACCCGGACGCCAAGUUCAUCCUCACCGAGCGCGAGGUAGCUUCGUGGACCAAGUCGAUGACCAACACUGCGGUACCCGUCUUCACCUCGAUGCACAAGUUCCCCAUGAACGUCAUUGGCACGAUCGAUAAGUUCAUGCAGGGCAUGGUCGACCUUCAUGUCACCCUCGAGGAGGUUACCUACCACGGGCGAGGCUGCCAAGACCCCGAAGGCGUGAGGUUGUCGGAGGAGGAUUUCCGGAAAGUGAGCAAAACAGCGAAAGCACUUGCGCCGAAGGACCGACUGCUGGUCUGCCGCCUCGAAGAUGGCUUCGGCUGGGAGCAGAUCUGCCCCUUUUUGGGCAAGGAUAUCCCGGCGGAAAGAUACCCCAGGGGCAACGCGCCGGAAGAGUUCAAGGCGCUGUUCGGGAAAGUGACGGCCCCGGGGCUCAGGAAGGGAGCUGCUGUCCUCGUGACGGUGAUUUUGGUACCUGCUACUGCUAUAGGGUAUUGGUACUGGCAGUCAUAGCGACAGGGCCAUGUCGAGAGUUACUGAAAAGGGUUGGAUGGUGUCCGAUCCUGAUGGUCGGGUCAGCGGGCAGUCAUAAGCAGAUGGUAUCAGCGCGUGGGGGCCGGGACGUGGAUAUUGUUGAUGUCUUGUGGUGAAAAGCUAUGUGGCUGAGCAUACACUGACGCCCUUGUCGAGUUUUGAGGUCAAAUGUGACGUGAUGC